GUGAAUAGAAAUGGGUCAUCCUAUGACUUUUUUUAGAGUGGGGUAGGAUAAGAUGUUGUGGAAAACGGUACUACUCCGUGCAAGCCGACACUGGAGAAAUGUAGUGUGGUUGGAGUCUUUUCAAAGCAAAGUAUAUUAUUCAAAGUGUAGAAAUCUUUCAACUGAUGUGCGUUUUUAUGGAAACAACUAUUUGCCGUCCGUUGCUGUUCGUCGGUCUUUGUACAAUUUGCCAGUGGAUAGAGUUGGUGGUAGUAGUAGAGCUAUUUUAUUUUGUGAAAAUAUGCAUCACAACAGCAUAAAGUCAGAACAACAAGCACAAGGCAACCAAGACUUGACUUCUUUUCAAGUAGUCGACAAAGAAGACACUUCUCCUUCCUCCGGUGGUCAUGACGCACACUCCAACACAGGUUCUUGGACUGAUAACUCCUCGGGUGUGGAUAAUGUUGCCAAUUCCUGGGCUACUGCGACGCAAGAAACUGUUGCAAGUGAUGUUGCCACUCCUUCUUCGGCAGUGACGAGCAAUUGGUACGAUCCAGUAAUAUCUUAUCUGACGUAUCUUCAUGACUCUACUGAUAUGCCGUGGUGGGGAUUGAUUGUAACGUGUACUGUUGUGGUACGUUUUGUGAUGUUGCCCUUCACUUUAAUAGCCAUGCGCAAUGCCGCUAUCAUGAAUACCAUUCAACCUAGACUAAAGGAGAUUCAAGAUUUGAUGUUUGAUGCGAAAAGCAGAGGCAAACUCGAUCAAGCCAAACAAUAUCAACAGGAAUAUAUGAAAGUGAUCAAAGAAAAUGAUAUCAAUCCGUUUCGUUCCAUGUUGGGUCCGUUGGUACAAACACCGGUUUUCUUAGCUUUCUUUUUCGGACUGCGUAAAAUGGCAGAAACCAUCCCAAGUUUUCAAACAGGAGGAACUAGUUGGUUUGAAGACUUGUCUAAACCUGAUCCACUGUUCUUGAUGCCCACUUUGUGCGCUGGAAUAUUUCUUCUCAACUUGCAACUAUCUUUAACAACCGGUGCAACUCCUACUAACAAACAGUGGAUCAACGUGUUUCGAUUAUUUGGAUUGGCAAUCAUCCCUUUAACAGCCAAGAUGCCUUGUGCCAUAUUUUUGUUACUGGAUUCCCAGUAACUUGUUUUCGUUUUUACAAAAUUUGGUGUUCAGUAUUACCAGUGUCCGUGCAUUGUUGAGACUUCCACCCUUACCAUAUAAGAAAAGCGCAACUAGUCACGAAGCGGAAUCUAGUAUUGUACAGGAUUCCAAGUCGAGUAGCCAAAGGAAAACAGAAACAAGCCAGUCUUCUGCGUUUCAAAAAGCUGCACCCGUGACAGGGAAAAAAUCUCUCAAACUUUAUGACAAGGCUCCUAGGCAUAGAAGUUUUAGUAUUUUGUUGUAUCGACAACAAAGUCAAUUAUGGACACAAGUUGCAAAUCAUAAAGCAAGCAUAUAGCUG